AUGCCUUCUCUUGAAGCGACUGCAGAUUCUUCAAGUGCAAGAUGGAGACACUUAUACAAGGCCUUGAGCAAGCCGGGUCCGUUCAGUGACGAAGAUUGGGUGCCAGGAUCAGAGACAAUCGAUGCACUUGAAAGCUCUAAGAUUCUUGUUAUCGGCGCCGGAGGUCUAGGAUGUGAGAUAUUGAAGAAUCUCGCCCUUUCUGGAUUCAAGGAUAUUCAUGUUAUUGACAUGGAUACAAUCGAUAUUUCUAACCUCAACCGCCAAUUCCUAUUCCGUCAAUCAGAUGUAGGAAAGCCCAAAGCUGAGGUCGCAGCGGCAUUCGUCCAAAAACGUGUCAAGGGUGUUAAAAUCACGCCUUAUGUCGGAAAGAUUCAAGAUAAGGAUGAGGACUACUACAUGCAGUUCAAGAUUAUUGUCUGCGGGUUGGACAGUAUCGAAGCACGUCGAUGGAUCAACUCGACGCUUGUCGGCAUGGUCGACCCCGAAAACCCAGAGAGUCUGAAACCUUUGAUUGAUGGUGGUACAGAGGGUUUCAAAGGACAGGCCCGUGUCAUCCUUCCCACACUCACAUCAUGCAUUGAAUGCCAACUCGAUAUGCACGCCCCCAGAGCAGCUGUACCACUAUGCACAAUUGCAACCAUUCCCCGACAACCGCAGCACUGUAUCGAAUGGGCCCAUCAAAUUGCAUGGCAGGAAAAGAGAAAAGAUGAACCUUUUGAUAGCGACGACCUUGACCAUAUAUCCUGGAUCUAUCAACACGCAUUGGAGCGCGCAAAGCAAUUCUCCAUUCCCGGAGUUACCUUCCAACUGACACAAGGUGUUGUGAAGAACAUCAUUCCCGCCAUCGCAUCGACUAAUGCCGUUGUUGCUGCAUCCACAACCUCCGAAGCUUUGAAGAUUGCUACUUCAUGCAAUCCAUACCUGGACAAUUACAUGAUGUACGCUGGCGAGGAAGGCGUAUACACAUACACUUUUACAGCAGAACAGAAGCCAGACUGCCCUGUCUGCGGUAACCUGGCGCGCACGAUCCAUGUUAACCCAGAAAUCACCCUAGAAGAGUUUAUAGAAAGUCUCGGCGAGCGAGCCGAGGCGCAGCUCAAGAAGCCUAGCUUGCGAUCGGAGGAGAAGACACUAUAUCAACGAUUCCCGCCGCAAUUAGAAGAGCAGACACGACCUAAUCUACGGAUGAAGUUGAAAGACCUGGUAUCUGAUGGGCAGGAGGUUGCUGUGAGCGACCCUGCAUUCACCAUUGAUUUCCGGUACAAGCUUGUUUUUUCAUGA